UUUAGCAUUUUUGAAAGAAAUAAAACAUAGGAGCCUUUAAAAGUGAGAUGAUGAAGCCGACCAAAACUUCCUCGACAGGACCUCUUUGGGGGGAAUUGCCAGCACGAGAGCUUCACAAACAAGAAGUAAUAACGCCAGACAUUAUCGAAAAUAUUUGGAGGACUGUAUUGGAGGAUUCGGAUAAUCCUGGUGGCGAUUACGGAGACAAAAAUGAUAUUGCAAUGCCUAUGGGAAACGUGCACGUGUUAAACACGAUAAAUUAUCAUCAACAGCUGAGGUCAAUGGAAGAUGGAACGGUUUUGAAAGAUGUGACUUCUAUGGAAGAAGAUUGUAAACCCGCAGAGCCUCAAAAUCCUUUUCGAUUUCUAACUCCUCGUCCAAGAAGGACUUUUAAAAACACCUUUAAAAAGAAUUAUCCAACGACGGAAUUGAAGUCGGAGACUGCUCGUAGUUUAUUGAAGCACUCAGUCAUGGUUUUGUUGGCGCAUAUCGGAUAUGAAAAAUCCUCUGAUGUGGCUGUGGAAACUAUCACGGAUGUUGCUGAUUUUUUUCUGCUGAGGAUUAGCCGUCUUUUGAAGCUUGCUUCUGAACAGGAUGAUUAUGGAUUUCCGGAUGCAGUGGAAAGAGUACUUCUCGAAUCAGGUGUAGGUGGAGUAGAAGAACUCCAUAAUUAUUACCAAAACACGAUAUUACGUUUCGAACAACGUGUCAGAAAAAAAGUAGAAAAAGCUGUCGAAAAACAAAAACUAGAGCUUGAUGCUUGCAAUUCAAAAAUGGAAUUGGACGAAAUCGCGAGUAGAUUUCAAUUCCAGGAGUUCGACCGAUUUGGAAACGUGUAUGAAAGAGAAGUUCCUACGCUCCAGCUUCUCGAUCCUGACAUGGGUUUUCCACCGAGUCUCGACGCAGGAUUCCAAAUGUUGCACAGCCUUGAACAAGACGAAUUAAAUAGCCUGGAGGUCGAAGAUGAGGAGGUGAGUGUCAGCGAUUCUCCAGCAGCUCACCGGCGACUCGAUUUCGUUGCAGAUAAAAAGAAAUCUUAAUGCGUUUAAAAUCAAAUUAGAUUUUCAUCUAUUUAUUCAAUAUAGUGCUUAACAGCGUAAUGAAAUAAUACUCGAUAGGGGAAACUAACUUGGAAUUUUGUAAUCUAGGUCUCAGAAAUUGUAUAUAUGUAUGCUCUUACAAUUAGCCAAUAAAGGCAAAACUUCUUUUA